GUCUCCCAGGCAGCAGAUGAGACCGUUUGGCGAACAUGGCGGACUCGCUGUCGGCAGGUCUGGGAGAAGAGAAUGAGAAAGAGAAGGAAGUCGGGGACAAAGAAAAUAAGCCUAUCAAAACAGAGAUUAACAAGGAGAAGGAGGGAGCCACCGAAUCGCUGGGGUUUAACGAUAAAAAUGGCGACAGUAAGGGCCAGAAACGCAACCUGUCAGAUCUGUCUCUGCUCAGAUUUAUAACCACAGAGCUCACCAGAGGCUACUUCCUUGAACACAAUGAAGCAAAAUACACAGAGCGCAGAGAGAGGGUGUACACCUGCCUCCGCAUCCCUAAGGAGCUAGAGAAGUUGAUGACGUUCGGCUUCUUCCUUUGUUUGGAUACCUUUCUGUAUGUGUUCACCCUGUUGCCUCUCAGGGUGAUUCUGGCCCUCUUACGACUCUUUACUGUGCCAUGCUGUGGUCUCAGCGGCUCCCGCUUGCUCCAGCCAGCCCAAGUGUGCGAUGUGCUGAAAGGCUUCAUUAUGGUGCUGUGUUACUCAAUGAUGAGCUAUGUGGAUUACUCCAUGAUGUACCACCUCAUAAGGGGACAGUCUGUUAUAAAACUCUACAUUAUCUACAACAUGUUAGAGGUGGCAGACCGCCUGUUCUCAUCAUUUGGCCAGGACAUCCUGGAUGCUUUGUACUGGACAGCCACAGAGCCAAAGGAGAAGAAGAGAGCUCACAUAGGCGUGAUUCCUCACUUCCUCAUGGCAGUUCUUUAUGUCUUUCUUCAUGCCAUCCUCAUCAUGGUUCAGGCCACAACACUGAACGUAGCCUUCAACUCUCACAACAAGUCUCUGCUCACCAUAAUGAUGUCAAACAAUUUUGUGGAGAUAAAAGGAAGUGUGUUUAAGAAGUUUGAGAAGAACAACCUUUUCCAGAUGUCCAAUAGUGACAUAAAGGAGAGGUUCACCAACUACAUCCUCCUGCUCAUAGUCUGUCUGAGGAACAUGGAGCAGUUUUCAUGGAACCCUGACCACUUGUGGGUGCUCUUUCCAGAUGUUGUCAUGGUGAUAACCUCAGAGGUUGCAGUUGAUGUUGUGAAGCAUGCCUUCAUCACCAAAUUCAAUGACAUCAGUGCUGAUGUAUAUGGUGAAUAUCGCGCAAGCCUUGCCUUUGACCUCGUCAGCAGCCGACAGAAAAAUGCUUACACAGACUACAGUGACUCGGUGUCCAGGAGAAUGGGCUUCAUCCCCCUUCCUUUAGCUCUGCUGUUGAUUAGAGUGGUGACCAGCUCAGUGAAGAUUCAGGGUUCGCUUUCUUUUAUGUGUGUGCUGCUGUUUUAUUUGGGGAUGAUUACUCUGAAGGUGCUCAACAGUAUCGUUCUCCUUGGAACAUCUUGCAUGUUUGUCAAAGAGGCCAACAUGGAGGAAAAACUCUUUGACCCCCCUCCCUCUGUCGCUUCCAGUCGUGCAAACUCCAGAGCUCACCGGACCAAACAUGUUCACACUGCACCACAGCAAGAUCCCCCGACAGACAAAGCAGGAAUAUCCCUGGCAUCGGACAUUUCUCAGCCUACAAAUGCAGCAGCGAGUGCUGCCCCCAUACUCCCCAACAGUGACUCAGACACAUUCCUGACUACGCCAGAUGAGGAUGAUGACGACAAAACAAUAAAUGUUGAUACAGGACUGGAGGGAGAUGGACUCAAGCACAGAACACCAAAGAAAGACUUGUUGGAGAUUGACCGAUUCACCAUCUGUGGCAACCGAAUAGACUGAAAGCUGUAGGAACCACCAGAAGGUGAGGUGUCCUGCCAACAACAGUGGGGUUCAGGGGUAGACAAGGGUCUUGGAGGAUGCUCAGACCUGACUCAUUCUUAUGCACCUGACCCCUCGAUUAUUUAUUUAUUUAUUACUGACAAAACCAGCCAAGGCGUAAAGCUGUUACCUUGGAGGACCCGUCAGGCCUUUCCAGCUCUUCCUCUUUGUGUUCGAUGAACCAAGCAGAUGCUGGCAGUUGGUCGUGACUGUCAUGGCAACACACAGACAUGUUUGCUGAUGAGGGGAAACACGAGUGGAACAACUGACAGAAGAAGAAAAAUGCAGUUGAGAAGUCAAAUGUGAUUAUAAGAGCAUUACAGCCGGACUGUGUGUGUGCGCGCGCACGUGCGUACGUACGUACGUGUGUGUUUGCUUUCAAAAGCACAAUUAUACAUACAGCGAGAAGUCGUUUUUUGAAAGAACAAAACUUAUCAGUUCAAAUAGUUUUUUUUAUUUCAAAUGUCUGACAAAUACAGAUAUUUGAGGCAGUUUUUUCUAUUACAAGUGUCAGACCUUUUUUCUAAAUUUAUCAUGUUCAGCCAUGAUCCACAGUCACAUAAUCGCAUUUUUGAAAUCUCAAUUUCAUUCUGCAGACACACACCAAUACAACUUUUAAAGAGAUCUCGUUUAAAUGGAGUUGUUAUGAUGAGGGCAUGUGCAGUUCAACAUAUUAAACAUAGUACCUGUGACACGUUGCAUGAAUGCAUCAUCUUUAUCUUUGGAACGUUGGCGUGAUGCGGUUUGUGUUGGCGAUCUUACUUUGAAGCACUGAGAAAAUGUCCCUGUUUGUCGAGGCACUAGUAUUUAUUCACAGGUGAGUGGAAAGCCACUAAAGUUUUGUCUAUAUUUUACUUCAUAGUAUUUAUUUUCAUCCCAAAUAUGCUCAAGUCAUCUUUCAAAGUUUAAGCCUAUAGCCUGCAAAUAAUUCUAACAGCCACACUGAGACCAACAACUCAUUUUGGAUCUGAUCCUCAGAUUAAUGUUGUGUGCAAUUACAGUUCUGUAAAAAGAUAAAAGAAAACAGAAAAGAUUCCAUGUGUGCAUACAAACAUGGUAACCCAAGUGCUUAGAAACGAAGGCUCUGUGAAAAAGAAAAAAAAAAACAAAAAAAGCUGAAUUAACCCCUGUCAUCUGUUGUUUGCUGGCUUUUAUUUAAGACGUUGCUACAGUAAAUGCUUGUGUAUCAGUUGGUCUGAAUUGCUGUGCAAUCUGCCUGUUGAUCAUAUCAAGUCAUCAUAGGCUGGGUUUUUGUUUCUCAUGCUAUUAUUUCUGAAUUUAAACAAUCAUGCAAACCAUAAACAGCUUUUGUCUGCACAAAAAAACAAAAUAUCCAACAUCAUGAUGUUUCUUACCAUUUUAUAUACAAAACUGCAUUAAUGUUUUAUCUUUAAUAUGGUGAGUUAGGGAGAUAUUGGUUCCAUCGCUGUCUUUAAAUCAGCAGGUGGAGAGGAAUAAUAACUGAUGGAAAGGAUGCAGGAUUUGUAUUUUUUUUUUCAUCCAUUCAGUGAAGACUAUUUUUUUUUUAGAUUUGCUUAACUUUGAUUUAGAUAUAAGGGUAAUACAUGAGAGGCACAACCAGGACAAAGUCCAGCCUCUUAUAGGAACACAGUCAAACCAGUAAAGAGGUGCAUACUCAAGAAAGAAGCAUGAAGACAGUGAAUACAUAAUGAAAGUGUGUGUGUGUGUGUGUGUGUAUUGUGAAAGAUCAUUUGCUGCGUGUGAAUGGAUCUUGCUACUACACGUCUGAAUUUGACAUUUUGUUUUAUUUUUUAAGUGCAAUGCAUCUGUGUAAUGCUUCUCCUUAUGUGGUAGGAGAAUAAAACAAAACUUUGUUUUGUAA